CUGUCCAGCGUUGAUGUGUCGCAGAUUUUAAAAAGUGAGGUAGGAGAGCGGCUGGAGUUUCUGAGCGAGGGGAGGCGCACAAGCUUAGCGGAAAAAAACUAGGACUCUCGGAGGGAGCUGUGGAAAAACACUUAGCGCUCUGUUUGUUUAUUCUUAUUCUUAUUAUUAUUCGUCCGUCCUCCUUCUCCCCCCGUAACUACUUUAUUUCCGCACGUCGGGAAGUAAACAAGCAGGGAUCCAGUUGCGUCCUGUUUGGACCGUCGCGAUGGAACUGUCAUCUAUUGGAGAGCAAGUGUUCGCUGUUGAGUCAAUUACAAAGAAGAGAAUCAGAAAGGGUAAUGUGGAGUAUCUACUGAAAUGGCAGGGAUGGCCCCCAGAGUACAGCACUUGGGAGCCGGAGGACAACAUUCUGGACCCGCUCUUGGUCCUGGCUUACGAAGAGAAUCAGGAGAAGCUCAGAUCUCUGAGCUUUCGAAAGAAAGGCCUCAGACCCAGGAAGCUGGUGCUGCGGAACAUUUUUGGCAUGGACCUGCGGAGCGCUCACAAGGAUGACGAGAAGCCCCCGCCUCGUCUGCGCCUGUCCCUCACCAGGUCCAUGAGCACGGACGUGGAGCAGGCGUGCCGACGCCGGGCCAGGAGGAGGAACAGACAGAGAGUGACCAAAGCCUUCCCAAAACACUCUUCCAACAAGCCGAUCCAUGAGCAGAAGAUGAAAAUUGAGCCGGUGGAGAAGGACUGGGGCGGCACCAGUGAGGAGGACAAGCCUGGAUGUGAGAGCACCACUGAGGAGAGAUGUGAAGACAGCUUGUAUGGUCAGUCAGAGUGCAGCUCUCCUCCGUUCUUAGAGGAACAGGACAUGGACACGGAGGUGGAGGAAAAGGCUGCCAGCCCGGACAUGUGGACAGAUGAAGCGGACGGAGGGAUCUUUGAAACCAGUCAGGGACACACAAAUUCACACGACGAAUCGGAGGACAACACCUUGGUGUCUGAGGCCAAACCAGAAGUCAUGGUUUCCCCAAGUGGCAAGUCAGACUGGGUGGAAGAGGAAGGCGUGGAAGCCUUCUCAGAGAGUCCAACCAUGGAGAAAAAGAACGCAACAUCAGUGAUAGUGAGGGUCCAGGGAUGUGGCAAGACGAUGGGCGACGCUGUCUCUGUCUGCUCUGACUCUGAGCCGAAGAAAGACGAAGUGAGAACCGACAAUCAGAGCGUGAUUGUGACGGCGUCGGACCGCCCAAAAGUUCCCUACGAAGCACCACGUCCCGGGAGAGUGAUCGUGACGAACGUGACUGUAAACUGCCUGACGGUGACUUUCAAAGAGGCGAGCUGCAGCGAGGGCUUCUUCAACGGUUGCUGAACCAAGAGAGGGGAACAUGGAGACAGGGAUCAGCAUAACCAUAGUUAGACCUGCCGCUCAUGGUGAAGUAAAUACCGCAAGCAAAUAGUGUCUGUAAGGUCAUUCCACAUGAUUUUAUGAGUUCAGUAAGACAUCUUUGCCUUGGAAUAAAAGUGAGUGGUGAUUUUAUUAUUAUAGUGGCUCAUUUAUUAGGUGUGACAGGAAACAAUGCACUGCAGGCCAGCAGAUUAAGCCGAUCUCGGUGGCAGAGUUCAUUCUUACAGCAGCUUGGUUCACCCUACUGAAGGGAAGGGCGGCCGAAAACAACAGUUUACAGAACAACUCUGAUGCAGCUACCGUUCCAGUUGUCCUCAGUGCUUUCCAGCAGGAUGCAGGUUUUCACCAGAACCUGCUUCCAGUCGACUUUUU